GAGGAUAAGAAAAGGAAGCGUACAGAAAGAGUGGAGAAAGAAGACCAGAGCUCAUCCCUCAUAGAAGACCCUCCUGUGAAAGCAAAGAAAGCCAGAAAGAAGGAACAUUCAGAAGACCAGAGCUCACCCAGCAUAGAAGACCCUCCUGUGAGAGCAAAGAAAGCCAGAAAGAAGGAACACUCAGAAGAUCAGAGCUCACCCAGCAUAGAAAAGCCUCCCGUGAAAGCAAAGAAAGCCAAUAAGAAGGAAUUUUCAGAAGACCAGAACCCACCCAACAUAGAAGAACCUCCUGUGAAAGCAAAGAAAGCCAGAAGGAAAGAACAUUCAAAAGCAGAGAAGAAACUGUCAGACAGGGAGAAUGCCUUGGAGCAAGCAGAUGAAGAGGAGGGUCAGAAACAGUUUCAAAACAAAGUGAAGCAAAAGCCAAGGGCUCCUCAGGCUAUCACCAAGAGUGGUGUUAAUGCAGCUACAGGCACUGCUGCAAAACAAGGAAAGGGAGAGAAAGUGGUUGAUGAAAAGGAAAACAGAAGAACUGUGUUUGUUGGAAACUUGCCUGUUGACUGUACUGUGCAGAAACUGAAAACUCUUUUCAAAAAGUAUGGACCAAUCAAAUCCAUUCGCUUCCGGUCUCUGGUUCCAGCAGAAGAUACUUUGUCCAAAAAGUUAGCAGCAAUCAAGCGUAAGCUGCACCCUAAUGCCAAGUUUGUUAAUGCUUAUGUUGUCUUCAAGGAAGAAUGUGAUGCCCAGAAGGCUCUAAAGGAGAAUGGAACAGAAAUUGCUAGUGGAUUUCACAUCAGAGUCGACACUGCAUCUAGUAACGGUUCACAUGACAGUAAACGAUCUGUAUUCUUGGGAAAUCUCUCAUAUGACAUCCAGGAUGACACCGUGCGAGAGCACUUCCUUGUCUGCGGAGACAUCCUGGGAGUGCGAGUGGUGAGAGACAGGAGGACUGGCCUGGGGAAAGGCUUCGGCUACGUUCUCUUCGAGAACAGAGACGCUGUGCAGCUCGCCCUGAAACUCAAUGACUCCGUCUUGAUGGGGAGAAAGAUCCGAGUGCGGCGCAUUGGGGCCAAGAGGGAAGCACCACAGAAGGGUCCAGGCAAGUCUCGUGCUCCCAAGGACAGAGCUGGUACUGCAGCAAAACCCAAGAGCCACUGCAAGGAUUCCUUUGUUGGUGAAAAAGCGACCCCAUUGAAGAAGAGUGCCAAGCCAAAGAGACUUAAGACUAUCCCUAGGAAAAAAGCUGGGAAAAACAAACAGUCUUCUGGCAAAAAUCAAACAGGGAAAAAUGGUGAUUAG